AUGGAUGACCUGCUGCUGGAAUGGCGAGAGCCACAGAACACCUACCAGCGCGAGCUGCACAUAGCUGGGUUCCCCAAGGUCCUGGGAUGCAUUGAUGGCACUCAUGUGCAAAUCAAGCCUCCUAAGGACCAGGAACACUUGUACAGGAACCGAAAAGGCCUGUACACAAUCAAUGUACAAGUGAUCUGCGAUGCUGAGGGUGCCAUUACCCAGCUCACAUCGAAAUGGCCCGGCAGCACCCACGACAGCUUCAUCUGGGCCGACUGUGACCUCCGAAAGUGCUUUCAGAGACGGCAAUUGCCCGACGGCUGGUUACUAGAGCCAUGGCUGCUCACCCCUGUAAGGUCUCCGGUUGGCCCUGCCAAGGAGCAGUACAACUCGGCCCACACUCGGAUGAGGCAAGUCAUUGAGAGGACCUUCGGGGUUCUCAAAGGAUGCUUCAGGUGCCUGCACCAGUCCGGGGGUGCUCUACAGUACAGUCCGCUGAUGUGCACCAAAAUAAGGGUGGCGUGCGCUAUGCUGCACAACAUGUGUGUCCGACAUGGCAUUGACUUCAACUUUACUGAUGUGGUGGCACACCGGCGGGGCGGGACCCGCAUCCUGAUUCGGGCCGGAACCCUGGCUCCGGACUGA